AUGAUGAUCAUAGUCAUCCUUCAGAAAGAAGAAACUAUUGAAGUUCGUGAAUUUCGUGAGGAAGUUAAACAACGAGCAAUAAAUGAAACAACACCUAUACCACGGAUAUAUGACAAAGAAUGUGCAAAAGCGAAACUAUCAGAUGCAACAACACCUAUAUUACCAAGUGAACGUGAAAUGAACAGUGGAAUAAACAAAGCACGUCGUGCUAUGACACCGACAAUUCCAACAACACAAUUAUUUGAUAUCCCUGAACCUUUUACGAAAACAUUACACGAUGAUGACUUUUUAAUUGUUGAUAAAAUGAUUACAAGACGACAGCGAAUACUUUUAUUUGCAUCACGUGAACAAUUGAAAAUGCUUUUAGUUGGGCGAUUUUGGAUAUAUGAUUUCAUUUAUGAUAUGGUGGUUACUGGAUUGGAAGAAACCACGAUAAGUACUUUAAAAGAAGAAACAACGCUAUUUGUUCGUCGAAGUGCUUGUCUGCAUCAGUUGCAGCUAUGGCUGAAUGGUUAA